CUCCAAGACCGGUUGGAAGAGAAGGUUCCAAAAGUGUGUCUGCCCCAUAAUUUGCAGUGAAAAUUGGUUAGCUGAUGAUCUGUUUCAGGCAUCUUUGGACCAAAAGUUGCACCAAUAAAUCGAGCCUGCUGGAUCCAGUCGGGGAGACGGGUGUGCCACACUGCACAACCACCAUUCAUUUAUAAGCUGGCCUCAAGAAGUUGCUUCCAUUUAUAAGCUCGUGGUCGUAGUGGGGUUCGCAGGAAAUAUGGACAGAGAUCAGGCGCGCGUCUCUCUGCUUGUAGUUGGAGCGCUGCUCACCGGCACUGUGAUUGCAGUGCUCGCAGCCGGUCCAGCCGCCGGCGACACCAGGGCCGGGCCUGGGCUAGCCGGCAGCAUGGGCACCGCCUACAGAGUCGACGCGGCUACGGCGCCGCAGAAGCUCACACCGGUGGUGCACCGUCGCGUGCUCGCCAGCCUCGGCAGCUCGGUCUUCGACCCUAACAGGCCGGCAUGCAUCGGCCAGUGCGGGGGCGCCGGGCAGCCGUACACCGGCCGGGGAUGCGUGCGGGCGUACCAGUGCCGCGGCUAGCGCUAAGUUAGCACCGCAUCUGACAAGACGCACCGACGCAAGUUCACUCGAUGGCAUGCCGCUAAACUUGUACGCAUCCCGAAUAGUACGUGCGUACACCCGUUGGUAGUUGUUAUAGUACUAGUUGGAUUGGCCGUAACUCGCAAGUGAUUGAUCCUUGUACGUGAUAAAUUUGUUAUUGUUGCUUGGUGUAAAAUGUUCUCAUGUCUAAUGCUAGAUUGUACGUUAUUCCUA